AUUGUUUCACAUUCAAAUACAUGUAUUUACAGUUUAGUUAUGAAUUUCUAAAAGUCCUUUCUCAAUGUCAAAUUAGUAAAAAAAAAAAGUUUUAUUGUGCGACGUUACUUGGUUGGAUAUAUUAUGAAGCUAAAGCAAAGGUUUCUAGUUUCUGAUUAGAAGACUUGCAAGCCUUUGACCGCAAGAGCCUUGAAAUAUUAUGCAACUUUAGACAAUUAAUAAACUUAUAUUAUUAUAUGGUAGAGUUUCAAAGAUUAUACAACAAAACCCACUAAUCUCCAUGUAAUUAAAUUAACAAGUGAAGAAAGAAACUAUGAGUGGGUGCACCAAAUACCCAUUUGUGGUUGGACUAAGCUGUCCUAUAAUCUCAAGUGUUACUGUUGACUUAAAACCUAAUUUUCUAAAUACAUUAUUACUAAUUAUAAUUUCUUUAAGUCAAAAUAAUGAAUUAAUUAUUAUUCCCUCUUAAGGCUCUAUCCUAGUAUAAGUAUCAGCUCUACUAUGGGUCUAAACAUACUCAUCAGCACCAUACUUGAUUAUACAAAGUUAAGGAAUUAGUGAGCAAUGGAAGCUUUCAAACUCAGUCUCAAGCCUUGGUCCUCUUGCUUUUCACUUGGCAUCUUUGUUUUGUUUGCUUUACUAGCUUGUUUUGCAGAUGCUGAAACUCACUACCAUCAAUUUGUUGUUCAACAAGCACCGAUAACGCGGCUAUGUAGGACCCGUAAUAGAAUCACAGUCAAUGGGAUGUUCCCGGGACCGACAUUGGAAGUCAGAAAUGGAGAUUCUCUAGUGAUCAAAGUUGUAAAUAGUGCACAAUACAAUGUUACCAUGCACUGGCAUGGCAUACGACAGCUGCAGAAUCCAUGGGCAGACGGGCCAGAGUCUGUCACUCAGUGCGCAAUCCAACCUGGUGCAGCCUACACAUAUAGGUUCACAAUCAUAGACCAAGAGGGAACAUUGUGGUGGCAUGCUCACAGCAGAUGGCUUAGAGCUACUGUUUAUGGAGCUCUCAUUAUUUAUCCUAAAUUGGGUUCUCCAUAUCCAUUUCCUACACCCAAGAAAGAAUUUCCAAUUCUUCUUGGGGAAUGGUGGGACAGAAACCCCAUGGAUGUCUUGAGGCAGGCACAGUUCACAGGAGGAGCACCAAAUGUAUCUGAUGCAUAUACAAUGAAUGGUCAGCCCGGUGAUCUAUAUGCAUGCUCAAGCAAAGAAACUGUGAGAAUACCAGUGGAUACAAAGGAGACAAUUCUCUUAAGGGUCAUCAACUCUGCACUCAAUCAAGAACUUUUCUUUGCUGUUGCCAACCACCAGUUGACUGUUGUGGCUGCCGAUGCUAUGUACACAAAGCCUUUCAAUACUCGGGUCAUUAUGAUAGGACCUGGUCAAACAACGGAUGUCCUUCUCACAGCUGAUCAGACACCAGCCCACUACUACUUGGCAGCACGUGCCUACCAAACUGCUAUGAAUGCUGCCUUUGACAACACCACCACCACUGCAAUCCUUGAGUACAAGGCUGCAUCUUGCAAGAAAGGGAAUUCAACUCCAAGACCAAUCUUACCACAAUUACCAGCAUUCAAUGACACAGCCACUGCAAGAGCCUUUACUACUGGGCUCAGAAGUCCUUCAAAGGCUGAUGUCCCUACGAAAAUAGAUGUGAGCCUUUACUUCACAGUGGGUUUAGGACUAAACAACUGUUCGAAUCCAAAUAGCCCUCGUUGCCAAGGCCCUAAUGGAACUCGCUUUGCCGCUAGCAUGAACAAUGUCUCUUUUGUAUUCCCAAGAAGGACUUCUCUAAUGCAGGCUUACUACCAAGGUAUACCUGGAGUCUUCACCACUGACUUUCCUCCUGUCCCCCCUGUGCAAUUCGAUUACACCGGUAAUGUGCCACGAGGACUAUGGCAGCCAUCUACUGGAACAAAGCUAUACAAGCUGAAAUACGGUUCUAGUGUACAAAUUGUAUUGCAGGACACAAGUAUCGUCACAACAGAAGACCACCCCAUGCAUCUUCACGGAUACCAUUUCUAUGUUGUUGGAUCCGGUUUUGGCAACUUCAACCCACAAAGCGACCCAGCUAACUUCAACCUCUUUGACCCAGCACAGAGGAAUACUGUUGGAACUCCUCCAGGUGGAUGGGUAGCCAUUCGUUUUGUUGCUGACAACCCAGGAAUUUGGUUGAUGCACUGUCAUCUUGACGCUCACCUUUCCCUGGGUUUAGCAAUGGCUUUUCUAGUUGAAAAUGGAUCUGGACGAUUACAAUCUGUGAUACCUCCCCCUGCAGAUCUUCCCCGAUGUUAAAUUAUCAAUAUGGAAUCACCAAUUGUUAAAUCCAAACAUACCCAGAAGGAUUUGUUUUUCUUUUCUUGUGUGCUUUGAUUUAUAAUAAUUAUGUAUUUACAGAUUGAAAUAUAUGUAUGUAUCUGGAGUAGUAAUCCAGAAUUAGACUUUCUUGAAUUGAAAUAGGUGAUUUGUCAUGUUCUUAGGUUUAUGUAAUUUGUUCUUUGAUUGAAAGAAAGGAUUACAAUAUCUGUGCAAUAAACACUUAUCAAAUUUCACUUGA